GCCUCCUGCCUGGUAGGCAAGGGCUCUUCCUCCGCGCGGGGUUCCUGCGCUUCUUCCCACCUCCGUCCCUCCGAGUGCCCGGGCACAGCUCGGGGCAGGGGAAGAGGCGGCGGCGGCGGGCGCGGGAAUAGAAAGCGCCGUUGCGAGACGAGGCGGCGGCGGGGCUGGGGGAGCGCCCGUGGACCCCGCCCCCUCUCCUGGCCUGCGGAGGUCGGAGCCUCGGCGCAGACGGCCGCUGGGGAUGCGUGAGGGGAAGGAGGCUGGGCCGGGAUUCCCUCUGAGAUUCGUACAUUCAGGAAAUUGAUAAGUGUAUGAAAAGAUGAUUAGAUCAAGAUCAAGAUCAAGAUCACCAAGAUGGAAACAAAGGUCUCUGUCACCGGCUUUCAGGAUUCAGGAACACAACAGACAAAGGCAUAAUCAUGUUAGCUAUGACUGUGAAUACAAGGAUUACUGGAAAGAUCCAAAGAAGCCUAUGCCAUGGAGAAUGGAAGAUGGGAAACAUGGACAAAUCAACUCUAGAUACAUGCCUCAUGAAACUAACCACCACCGAGUUUAUGAGUGUAGGUCACAUUCACCGACUCUGAAAAGAAUUCCUUCAGACGAUAUACAUAGUCAUAAAUCUUAUAGAACACAUUCAUCAGAACGGAAUGAAGAUAUCAGAAGAUGCCAAUUUACUUCCAGAUACUCAGAAAUUUCUCACAAAGACCAUAAUCAGUCCUUUUAUCCUACCAAAGUACGAGAGAGGGAGAUGCAUGAAGAUGCUCGAGCUUCUGGAAGCACAAAAGGAAUGGCAGCUUUUCAUAGGCCAUUAGGGACUUCAUGUAAGAGUGAAAGGAAAUGGAAUGAAAAUGACAUAAGGCACCAGCAGUUACAAGAAGACAAGUAUACUCAAUCACCUCGAAGAUUUUCUGGCGAAUGCAUGCCAAGGAGUUCUUUACAGAAGAGGUAUCCUGAAGAUCGUGAGUACAGGGAAUAUGGGCAUCCAUCUAAAAAGGCUAAAGAAAUGGAGAGAUAUGAUGACAGAGAAAUAACAAGCAAUUCAAAAUGGAAGCAAGAUCAUUCUUCUUCAUCCAACCAAGAGAAGGGAGGACAAAGAAAUCUUGGUCUUCAGUCCAAUCGACUUGUUAAAAAGGAGUACAGUGAUGAUUGUAAAACAAAGCUAACGUAUGACUAUAGUCACAAACGUCAUAGAUACCCAGAGGGAGAGAAAUACCUUUCUGAUGACAGAGAAGAAAAGUAUGUCAAAUUGGAAGAUGCAAAAUAUAACUCUCCUAAAGGAGCUUGGAAUAGCAAAUUCUCAGAUUACUAUAACAAUGAAAGAGUGAGCCAUACAGAAGAACCUCAUACUGAAGCAUCUGUUAAAUAUAUUCCAGAGAAGGGGUGCAAUUCCUGCGCUAAAUCUUACAAAAGUGAUGCUGGUUUAAUUUCCUUUUAUCAAAAGGGGAAGGAAAGAAUAAAGAAGGAAGGGGAUCUUAGGGGGCAAACAGAUUUUUCUGGUAGUCAUCAGUAUGACUCCCAUCACAAAGCUUCAGACGUGAAAGUUUCCGAUGUCCACACUAGGAAGGAAAGGCUCACAGUCAAAGUGGAUAUGAAGAAAAUAAAUAAAUACAGGGCUGCUUCCAGCCAUAUCACGGAAAGGCAGAUGUCGUGUGAUCUAGUAGCUGUGGGUAGAAAAACUGAAAAUUUCCAUCCUGUAUUUGAACAUAUAAAAUCUGUGACUCAGAAGGUAGAACAUAACCCAUCAAAAGAAUUUGCUCAGGAAAUCAUCACAAUUAUCCAUCACAUUAAAGCAAACUAUUUUAAAUCUUCUGAAUUAACUUUACAUGAACGGUUCUCAAAAAUACAAGAUAAGCCAGUUACAGAAGAAGUGAAAAGACAUUCAGAUCCAGAAAUUCACAGGCGAAUUGAUAUGUCUUUGGCAGAACUUCAAAAUAAACGAGCUGUUCCAUGUGAAUCUGGGCAGAGUGUUGUGAGAGUUCUAGAAGAUCCAAAUGACCUAAGACAUGAUAUAGAAAGGAGAAGAAAAGAGAGACUACAGAGUGAAGAUGAAAAUACAUUUUAUGUUGAUGGGCUAUUACGAAGGAAUGAACAGAGUUGUAGCUUUCCAAAACCACGAAAUUUUCACUCCUAUGGAUUCCAAAAACCUACACGAUUCCUAAGGCCAUCUUGUAGAAAGUUUAUUGGAAGAAGUCACAUGAAUUAUUACUCUGCGAAAACACAAGAUGACUCUACCCAUGAUCAGUUUGAAUGUGAUUCUGAACAUCUUGAAACACCUAGGAGAUCCUUUAAGUUCAAUUUUAUGGACGGUCGAUCCUACUUCAAAUCAAAUUUGGUACAAAAGGGUUUAUAUAUACAGGCUAAAUAUCAGCGGCUACGUUAUGCUGGAACAAGAGGAUUUACCACUAACAAAUUUAAAGGAGUAUAUUUGAGGAAAGAAAAGGGCAUGGAAAUCUAAACUGCAAUCCUGAAGUAGCUAUCUGUGACAAUUAUGAUGAUUGCUGCAUCUAUUUGCUUUUGACAGCUCUGUCAUGAAUUAAAAUGGAAAAACAGAACUAAUACUUUUAUUGAUAAAGAUUUUAUUUUUCAGUAGUGGAAUGUUGCAGAAUUUUUCUACCAUUUUAGUAAUGGCUUUCAAAUACAGUAUUCAGCUGAACGUUGUAGGAUGGUUCCGUUUAGAUCCUCUUGCAGGCAAGUCUGAAGAAAAAACCUGAAUGGAUUCUUUAUUUAUUGAAUAUGUUUUUUCCCCUCUAAGCAUGGUUUUAUUACUAGGAUUUGAGCUGUUAUAUACAAAAGUUUAUAUGUUUAAAGUUUAUUGCUUCUGUAAUAAAAAACCGACAAAA